AUGGCUGAAGGACAAGAAACGUUGAUACAAGAUAUUUCAAAAGAAAAUGUAGCGCUUGGUGAAUGUGAUGUGAAAAUAAAAAUGACAAAUUGGUAUUCGCGACUGCGUGCAUUUUACUGGGCACAUGAUCCUCGAAAAGUUGAUUACGUCGAGAGCAUUUUAACUAAGCACAGGGGUAAAGAAGAAGAAUUUAUUCAGCAGGUUCACCGUGAGUUUGGUGUUCGCGACUUUAGUGGAGAAGAAGCUAUUGACGAUAUCUACGAGCAUCAGCGCUACUCUUAUCUAAGUUUCUCGUGGGGCUCUUCUUUACCAGGUCACCUUCUUCCAACGGAUCGUCAUCGAUGGAGCGGAUUGCACGGUUCGCCUUCCAGCCAGACUCGUGAAAAGGUAGAGCCUCAACUUCCUGUGAAUUGGAGCUGGACUGGUGAUUGGGUUAUUGAUAAAAUCUCCCACAACUGCGAUAUCGAUGGGUGGGUAUAUGCAUUGGACUUUACUAUGGUGAAUUACCACAUUAAGAAAGGUGAAGAGCGCAGUGAGCCGAACGCAACCGACUACGUGCGUAGACGACGGUGGGUCCGAACACGACGUCGUGCUAACCCACCUAUUUCAUUGCUAGAAGCUGCUUGUAAUGACAACAAAGACAAGUUUAAUGGCAGCAGCCAAGUCAAUCAUUGGGAUGUUGACGCUGAAAAAUCUGGCAAGAAAUACGAUGUAAAUGUGGAAACGAUCGAACAUUCUGCAGUGAAAGAGUUAUCGAACAUUAAACAGGCAGAGUCGCAAACAUCAAAUAUACUGAAGCCGCCUAUUAAACUGGAGAAAUUCUCGCUCGAUAUGGACGAGGUUGCUUUUGAUGCUGCGUGGAAAGUAGCCGUACAGGAUUUGGAAGAAGUGUACAAGCGAGCGAAUGUACAACAAGCAAAACAGAAGCAGAUUUGGGCUGUUAAGAAAGACAAGUUAAGGCGACAAAUAUCUUUAUUGGAAAAAACAAUUGCUUCUAUGCAAGCAAUUGCGACGGAAGAACAAAAGCGACAACGAGGAAAACGUCAUAAAGAUGAUUAUGUUCCAUCACCGACAAACGAGUCUUUGCCAGCCUUUACCUCAAUUGAUAGUCCUACUAAUGCAGUCAAUUUGGCAGCGCGCAUGCUUUGUGCACAAUCGAAACUUGACGCGCUUCGACGUUGCUACUGGCAUCCACGUGAAUCUGGCUAUUCAUUGCGCUUCAGUAUUGAUGGUAUAUACUACGGGCUUCGUGAUUUUUUUGUUGAAAGCUUCGAGAGCACCUAUUCACUGCAAAUCAGCCAUCAAGCAAAUGGUGCGCAAGGGAUCACUCCUACUUGUAAGGUUUCAAUGAAUGGCCGUACAGUCUGUUGUGGUAAACAUGUGAAGGUUGUUGGAGAGAAGGGCACGCGUAUCCCAAAGUCGUUGUGGGACAGUAUGUACAUGAACACAGACUUUACCGUUUCGAUGAAUCUUAUUUACGUGGAGGAUCUUGACGAUGCAAGUGAAUUGGGGCAAGGCAAAUGGGAAUUUCUACUAUCGACUGAGGCUACUUAUGUUGAACUUUUAAAUUUUAAGAGACGCGUUAAAGGGGGCAUGGAUCUGCCGGAGCCAAUGGUCCGCAAGCUUUGCUCUGACGUAUUAACAUCUCUUGUUCGUGACUUGACGCUGCUGUACUUCCCAUAUGAGCUGGCUCUUGCAUUUAAGUUGCCUCCAGCCAAGCUUAAUAUUCAAGGUGAAAUUAAGAUAAUUGGGCUGUCUAUUGACCAUGUUAUGGAAAAAGAGCUUUACGAGUGUGAUGUGGACGUAAGAGACGAUAAACAAGCAAGACAAAAAGAACAACAAUCAAAUGACGCCAGAAAGUCGCAUAUUCCUGAAGCUUCAUCAACGUCUCCACAAAAUUUGUUAAGAGGUUUGAACAACGAAAUGCAAACGAUUGCCGAAAUUUUGCGAUUAUCACGACCUCAAUUCAACUUGUUGAUCGCUAUGAAGGAUAGUGGCCUAUUUCCCGCGGCGUACCCAUUUCACUCUCUUGCUUCGAUAUGUUCGUACUACAAAGCAUUUUCAGAUGACAAAGAAACGAUUCACAAUGAUGAAGUUUGUACUCAAGAGGAAAAGCUACGAACGGCGUGGAAGAGUCUCAUCGAAUUGAUAUUUAUACAGAAAAAUAAGGCGAGGAUGUUGUCACCGAAGAACGUGUCGCGACGAUCGCGGUGGCCAUUAGAUAAUAGAAGGACAGAGAAUCAGGUUGAGCUCUUUGAUGUUGACAAUUUUUUUGACGUAAUCAAACGCUUAUCAAAGAAACCAGUUAGCAUACACCUCUCAGUGAAGCAUUUUCAUUUGACGAUAAAUGUGCUUAAUGCCGUCGAAGCCCUUACCAAGCUCUACGAGCGCAUUAUACUUGGUAUUGACUAUAGCAAGCCGCGAGUGGCUGCAGACGGCUUCAUAUAUGGUAUUCGUCUCGGACGAAAGGCUGCAGUUUACCCUACAAUGAACUCGACGUCCGCUACAUCAGCAGCAGCAACUUUGAACGGUGAAAUGCAUUCUGUGAGCAUGCCACCAAUUCUGAAUUUACGACAAUACCGUCCAGCAGAAGACUCGUUUCAAAUGAAGGUCCAGUUAUUAAGCAGCUUUCGGCAAACCUUAAAAAACAUGGUUGACUACAUUCGAGAUAACAUAGAUAACGUGAGUGUAGAGCUUGCUGGAAAUUUGAAAGCUACGGAUGAGGAUUGUGUACUAAACGGAUCGUUUAAAGAUGCCAACUUUUGUGGAUCUCUUAAUUUGGGAUUUGGUGUAUCCCCAUGUUUUCUUGGCUUCUAUCGCGCCGAGAUCGUGACUUUGGGCAUCAAUUGCGUCGGUAUGCAGGUUGACGUCAUGCUUCCGUCAUCAUCUUCUGCCAGCACGAUAACUUUAGGUGCUAAGCAUCAAUCUUUUAAAGCACUAGAAUAUGCGGGUCGUUUAAUGCUGGCAGAUAUUUCUUCUCAAGUGUAUCUCGAUCUGAAUGCACUGCUAGCCCACGAAAAAGAGCGUCGAAAGCUCAGGUCGUCUUCAAUUGAGAUUAAUGUGCCUUCUUGUGGAUCCUCUCAGCAGUCUGUAGUUAAAGGAGCCACUCAAAAGAAUCUAAAUAAGUUUUGUGCGCUGAGCUUCUCUUUUGGGCCCGCUAAUGAUUUAAAUCAAGAAAAAGGGACCGAAGCCACUAGCCAGCUGAAUGUGGGUACAAGUAAAUUUACUAAGCUUCAUACCACAGCAAAAUUAGGCUCAUUUACAAUAAGCUUGCUUUCGAUUGCUGAGUAUCUACUCGCCCACUACGUGCAGCCUUAUGUUCUCAAGGGGUUUCCUCAGCAUCUGCUUUUCUUUAACUCCAUGAAAAGUAACCUCAUGGCAUUACUGUUAUCGCCUACUUUCGAGACGGAGUUCAACAUUAUGAUAAGAUUGUUUAUCCAUGAAGAUGAAAACUUAAUGGUCACAUGCUGCGGCUCACCGCUUCAUCCAACGCCAGUAAUUUUUCAAAAUGAGGCUUAUCUAUUAGACAUUAUUCUACAGGCGGAUGAUUUGGUCAACAUCUGGAUUGAUGAUUGUUAUCCGCCGUACUCGAAUCCUCUAUAUUUUUAA